AUGGCCGACCGCAAGAAAGCGCGGCAGGCGGUUCGCGAGAGGCUGAGGGCCAACCAUCAGGGCACCCUGCAGGGUCGACCCCAGGGCCGGAAGGACUCCGCGGCGAGUUCAGUGCAGCCUUUGACCAAGGACGAGGCUGAGCUCGCAAAGCUGCGGCAGGUCAGAGGAGAGCUGGAGGCACAAGGUGCUCUGAAGAAGCUGUCUGACGAUGAGCUGGUUGCUCUCGACACCGCGCCGCGCCCGGAGGACGAGAAGCUGGCGGUUCAGCUCCUUACCCGCACGCCCGAGGGAUCAGAGACUACGCCUGCAGUGCCGGCGGCGCUAGGCUACCAGGCAGCCAGUCUCCCGCCUGGUGUGGCUGCAGGACUGGUCCCAAUGCUAACAACGGAGGCACCCCACACGCCAUCCGGUGCGUACUCCGUGGUUCCUUGGCAGCUGCAGGUGCAGAAUGCCAUGGCUGCACCUCCCGCCCAGUACAGUGAUAUCCUCAAAGAGGUUACCGGCACCAAGGGCCCGCAAGUGCCUGUGGCACCCAUCUCCCUCAGUUACGAGUCCGUCCUGUCCCAGACAGUGGGCCCGGCAGCGCUCGACCUGGACGCGCAGUGCUCCAUCACGGAAUUCGGCCGAGAGAUCGCAGAAGCUCGGAAUAUGUACUCGAAUCAAGUGACCCAGGUCGAGUUGCCACCAGGACGGCCGGACUACGGCCGACAAAUCGCGAAGCUGGAGCUUCCACCGGGCAACGUCUGGGGCUGGCAAGCGCAGAUGCAAGCAAAGCAGCGGCUGGAUGCCGCAAUGCAGACCAACGUUAACAUCCGGGAGGCCCUCCAGCGAAAUGUGCAGCGGAUGCAGCGCGCCAUGCCCAGAGCACACGGCGAGGAGCCCGAAGCUUCUGAGGCUCCGAGGCCAGACUCCUCCGGGUCUCCCAGGAGACACUACCACAAGGUGAAGCUGGAGAUCGAGGUGGUGAAGGCCUCGUCCAUCCCAGACGCCACGUACUUCGCGUCGUGCGAUCCCUACGUCGUAGUGAGCAUCGUCGACGGAGAUCCAUUGCAGGAUCCUCGUGCCCUUUCAGGUUAUCAGGAAUGGCGGGCCCUUCACGAGCAGUGGAGUGGACAGACAAAGGUUAUCGAGGGCACGCGGGAUCCGCAAUUCCGCGCUCGUUUUCGGGCAGAGGUUCGCAACAGGGAGAAGACCCAUAUCCACUUCCGGUUGUUGGACCAGGACAGCAUCUCUCACGCAGAUCGGGACAUCGGGCAAGCCGCUGUGCCGCUGCGAGACAUUCUGGACGACUCUUGGGCGGCUGUCCGCGGGCUUGCGCUUCGGCCCAUGGACCGGAAGAACUCGCAAGCCUGGGCUGCCAUCCACAAGACGCGGCUCCAUGUAGCCAUCAACUUCGAAGGGAUCCUCGGGAAGGUGAAGACGGAAGAUGCCAUGCAGCGUGCUGUGGCAGUGGCAUCCACCUUUACAAAAUCUGGUAGAGCUGGGCGGAGCCCCAGGCGGCAGAGGGAAGGAGGAGGUUUGCUGGACAUGUUUGGCACGGACACCUAG